AAUAACUAUCAGUUAUCGGUAAUGCAGUCGCUGCACGCGCAAUUUGUGUUCUUUUGAUUUGCAAUUUAAAACGACAAAUGACGAAAGUUGUUAAACAAUGCGGUAAAAUACGUUUGGCAACGAAUGUGUGUGAUCUGGAGCGUACACUGCUUGGCGGCCAAAGUUUUCGUUGGCGCAAAUUAUGCGAGGCGCCAAAGCAAAAAUUUUGUGGCGUCGCCUUGGACACCUAUUGGGUGCUAACGCCCCAUAGCGAGCACAUUGACUAUGAGGCGCAUACGGUUGCGCCGGAGCAGGACUUUGAUGUCCAAUUGGGCGACUAUUUGCGGGCCGAUUUCGAUUUGCAGCAGCAACAGGCGCUUUGGAUGCAAGCGGACGAGCAGUUUGCCAAAUUUGUGGGCAAGCCGGUGCGUAUGCUGUGCCAACAGCCACUGGAGAACAUUGUGUGCUUCAUGUGCAGCCAGAAUAACAACAUCAAGCGCAUCUCGUCCAUGAUUCAAUGGUUCUGCAGCGCAUAUGGGCGGAAAAUUGGUCAUUUCCAUGGCCAGGAUGAGUAUACGUUUCCCACACUUGACGCCCUCAGUUCGCGAAGCUGUGAAGAGCUCGAUGUGGAGCUGCGUGCAGCUAAAUUUGGUUAUCGCGCCAAGUUUAUAGCGCGCACAUUGCAACAAAUUAUGGAACGCGGCGGUUUGGCUUGGUUUGAGGAACUGCGUCAGCUGCCGUAUGGGGAGGCACGCGAGGCUUUGGUGCAACUGCCAGGCAUUGGCUACAAGGUGGCCGAUUGCAUUUGCCUAAUGUCUUUGGGACAUUUGGAGUCGGUGCCAAUUGAUACACAUAUCUAUAAGAUUGCCCAGCGUUAUUAUAUGCCACAUUUGGUGGGGCAAAAGAGCGUCACCAACAAGAUCUAUGCCGAGGUGGCGCAACAUUUCCAGCAGCUGCAUGGCAAACACGCUGGAUGGGCACAGGCGGUUUUAUUCUGCGCCGAUUUGCCGCAGUUUCAGGACAAGUCGGAAAAGGAAUCAACAACGGAAAAGAAAGAAAAGAAAGCUGCUGUCUCCAAGCCAAAGAAACGCAAAAAGUAGAUCGACGUAAUUCAAAAUUUAUACAUCAAAUUGAACUUGAAACUCUGGAAACUUUUGAUAGUGACUAUCUAACAUAAUUGAUGACGUUGAAUAAAUGUUUUGCGGGAAUGCAAAAGUGAUUUGAAGCAACAUGAAA